AUGCUUAGGAAAGCAGAAGAGGAAAAUCUUGAUGCCAGAAUACGAAGGAUAUCGUUUGGAAUACUGUCGCCUGAGGAGAUUGAAAGACUGUCUGUGCAUUCGAUUUCUAGCAAGGAUCUUUAUGACAUACAUACCCGAAGACCUUUGGCUGAUGGUCCAUUGGAUCUGAGAUUGGGCGUAGGAAACAAGAAAGACAAGUGUAACACGUGUGGAGAAGGCUUAGCUGCAUGCAUUGGACACUUUGGAGAGGUGAAGCUCACACUUCCGGUGUUCAACAUUGGGCUGAUAAAACAAACAAUUUCAAUGCUGAAUUGUAUCUGCAAAAGUUGCGGAGAGGUGCUUCUUAGCGAUAAGAAAAAAGUGUAUUUUAAGAAGAAGAUCAGAGAAAGUAAUGAACGAAGCAGUCUGGUGCUUGUGUUGAGGAGAGUUAUUGCAGAAUGCAAAAAAUGCAAUACGUGUCCUAUAUGUCUAGCAAGAAAUGGACAGGUUAAAAAAACAUUUGGAUUUAAGAUAGUGCAUGAAGUGGAUGAGACAGGACGAAGAAAGAAGAAGGAAGGUGUGCCCGAGUGCAAUACAGAAGAGAUCAAUCCUCUUACGGCACUUAAUCUCUUUGGAAUGCUUAAGCCAGAUGAUUAUGAGUUUUUUGGACUUUCUGAAUCUCCAGAGAGAUUUAUAGUUCAGAGUGUUAUUGUUCCACCAUGCUGUAUUCGCCCAAGCGUGUCUAUGGAAGACGAGGGGACCAAUGAGGAUGACAUAACAAUUAAGAUCAGCGAGAUAGUUCACACAAACAAGAUUCUGAGUGAUGGGAUACAGAAAGGAAAUUCGUUGAAUCUGAUCAAUGACGACUGGGACCAAUUACAACUGCAGUGUGCAUUACUAGUAAACUCGGAGCUUCCACAAAUAGGGAUUCCUGGACAGCCUAUUCGUGGAUUGGUUCAGCGUUUGAAAGGAAAGAAUGGCAGGUUCAGGUGCAAUUUAAGUGGAAAGAGAGUUGACUUCAGUGGGAGAACAGUGAUAUCACCAGACCCUAAUCUGGGGAUUGAAGAAGUUGGUAUUCCAGUAAGAAUGGCAAAAAUAAUGACGAUACCUGAGAAGGUGACUGAAUUUAAUAAGAAAAGACUACAAGAACUGGUGAUGAAUGGACCUGAGAAUUAUCCUGGUGCAAAUUAUGUAGUUGGAGAGAAGUUCAAAAGAUUUUUGUUGUAUGGAAAGCGAGACACAACGCUAAAGAAUGGAGAAAUUGUUGAGAGGCACCUUAUGGAUGAUGACAUUGUUUUGUUCAACAGACAGCCGUCGCUACAUAGAAUGAGUAUUAUGUCACACAGGGUAAAAGUACACAAAGAUCGAACGCUUCGGUUCAAUGAGUGUGUGUGCACACCUUACAAUGCAGACUUUGACGGAGAUGAAAUGAAUGUUCAUGUACCACAAACAGAAAAGGCAAGGGCUGAGGCAUCUGUGUUGAUGUCUAUUUGCAACAAUAUUGUUACACCGAGACACGGAGAGCCAAUAAUAGCAGCUACACAGGACUUUAUUACUGGAAUGUAUUUGAUAACUGGAAAAGAUACGUUUUUUGAUAGAGAAAGGUUUGGACAGGUUGUAAGCUACUUUUGUGAAGCACGUGUCUGUGUUAGGCCAGCAAUAAAGAAGCCAGUUGAACUGUUUACUGGAAAGCAGUUGAUUGAGGUUCUGAUAAGAGACUCGCUGCUUAUGAAUGAGAAGUGGAAUAAGAAGGGAAGAGUGGUGGAUGCGGUGUCAAUCAUUGGCAAGAACAGAGGCUUUAAAUCAUUUGAGGAUCCAAAUGAUGGAAGUGUAGUUAUACUGGACAAUACAUACUACUUUGGACGACUAGACAAAUCGAUUGUUGGAGGAGAGAAUAAAAAAGAUAGCCUGAUAUAUGCUAUGAUGAAGAUUAGCAACGAGUCUGCAGUGCGUAUGAUGAAUGGAAUGACUAGACUGUGUUCCAGAUACUUAGGAGAAGUUGGAUUCAGCAUAGGGUUGGAUGAUGUACAGCCAGGCCCAAAUCUUAGGAGCAAGAAGAACAUGGUGGUGAAUAAAGGAUAUGAGGAGUAUGAAUCGAAGAUUCAGGAAUAUCAGCGGAAGGCAGGAAGUAAUAAUGAAGUGCUUGAGAUGGAGGUUUCGUCGAUUUUGAGUCAUAUACGAGAAGAAUGUGGAUCGAUAUGCAUAAAGGAGUUGAGUGUUAGAAAUGCACCGAACAUAAUGCAAGCGUGUGGAUCUAAAGGAUCGAAAAUCAAUGUGUCGCAGAUGGUUGCUUGUGUGGGGCAACAGAUUGUGAGUGGAACAAGGAUUCCGAAUGGAAUGGAUGGCAGAUGUCUGCCUCACUUUAAAAAAGGAGUUAACACGCCUGAAUCCAAAGGAUUUGUACUGAAUUCGUUUUUUGAUGGACUGACCUCACCUGAGUUUUUUUUUCAUGCAGUGAGUGGACGUGAAGGAUUGGUUGAUACGGCAGUAAAGACUGCAGAGACGGGAUAUAUGCAACGGAGGCUAAUGAAGGCGCUUGAGGACCUGAGUGUACAAUAUGAUGGCACAGUACGUACGUCUGGCAUGGAAGUGGUGCAGUUUGUAUAUGGAGAGGACCAGAUUGAUCCUGUGAUGGCCGAAAGCGACGAAGUCAUCAACUUUGAGAGGAUGUUUUUGCAUGUGAAGUCGCAGUUCAGGAAGUUUCUGGAGAGUGGAGGAGUGCCGAGAAUGCUAAAUGCGUUUUUGAGUGAGGAAGAAAUAUUCAGCAGGCUUAAGCAGUGUAUACCUCGAGAGUAUGCUCAUAACAAUUUUCUUAAUAAGAAGUUUUUGGAUGGAAUGUACAAAUGUGUGAUAGCCAAGGCUCAUGAAACUUUUAUAUUUGGAACUGAAUCUCUGCAUAUUUUACUGUGUGUUGAAUUUAUGGAGAUACUUGUUUUAGAAGUUUCUAAGAAGAUAGUACACAUGAUUGUUGAACCUGGGACAACGGUUGGAGCAAUAGCAGGACAGAGUAUUGGAGAGCCUGGGACUCAGAUGACCCUGAAGACGUUUCAUUUUGCAGGAGUUGCCAGCAUGAAUAUUACACUGGGAGUUCCGAGACUGAAGGAGAUCAUCAAUGCAGUGUGCAAUAUAUGCACACCAAUAAUAAAUGCGGAGCUGAGUUCUCCACAAGACCUUUUCCGUGCGGAGGUGAUAAAAGGAAGCAUUGGGAGGAUAUUUCUGCGUGACAUCUGUUCGUCGGUAACUGAGGUGAUUGGGAAGGACGAGAUGGCACUGGAUGUGUGUAUUGAUAUAGAUAGUAUAUCCAGACUGAAAUUGAACCUUGAUAUAAAUAAGAUAGAAAGAUGUCUAGGGAUUCAGGAGUCAACAAAGAUUAUUGAUGGGAAUGUGAUCAGGAUAGGAAUCAAGAAGAUUACAGAUCAGAGUUACUUUGGGAUGCAGAAGAUCAAGAAGAGGAUCUUGAAUACUAAGGUAUGUGGAGUUUCUCAGGCAAGUAGAGUGGUUAUAAACAACAACAGAGGGAUGUACAGCCUGGUGAUUGAAGGAGGAGGCCUGCAGGAGAUCAUGAAUACUGAUGGAGUGAAGGGAGAGAACACCACAUGCAACAGUGUGUCUGAAGUGGAGGCAGUGCUGGGAAUAGAGGCAGCACGAGCACAGAUUAUCCAUGAGAUUGAGUAUACGAUAGGCAAUCAUGGGAUUAAGAUUGAUCCAAGACAUAUUAUGCUACUGGCAGACACAAUGACAUACAGAGGAGAGGUAUUUGGAAUAACAAGGUUUGGAAUAUCGAAGAUGUCUGGUUCUACGCUUAUGCUGGCAUCCUUUGAGCAGACAAGCGAUUAUCUGUUUGAAGCAGCGAUUCACAGUCGAUCUGAUAUGGUUUCUGGUGUCAGUGAGUCAAUUAUUCUUGGGAUUCCAAUCAGCAUAGGUACUGGAUCUAUGGAUUUGUACUGGAAGGAGAAGAAGUAUUAA